CAUCUGCAUUCAAGGGAGUUCGGUCGAUUCUCUUAACUAUCGCGAUACAUUUGCCAUGAGAUCUCGCCCAUGCAUUAUACUUCAGGAAACCCCGUUCAGUCUUCCUUUCUCAACAUGGCACCGAAGGUGAAGAAGGAAGCUGUCCCUGCCAAGACUGAGGCCAAGUCAAAGGCUCUGAAGGCUAAAAAGGCUGUGCUUAAAGGUGUACACAGCCAGAGGAAGAAGAAAGUAAGGACUUCACCCACCUUCCGUCGCCCCAAAACCCUCCGUCUCCGCAGGCAGCCCAAGUAUCCUCGCAAGAGUGCUCCUCGCAGGAACAAGUUGGACCACUAUGCCAUCAUCAAGUUCCCCUUGACAACAGAGUCCGCUAUGAAGAAGAUUGAAGACAACAACACACUUGUGUUCAUUGUGGAUGUCAAGGCAAAUAAACACCAGAUCAAACACGCAGUCAAGAAGCUGUACGACAUCGACGUCGCCAAAGUCAACACACUCAUCAGGCCUGACGGUGAGAAGAAGGCGUACGUUCGUCUCGCACCAGAUUACGAUGCGUUGGAUGUUGCAAACAAGAUUGGCAUCAUCUAAACUGUGGCUGAAGAGACUAGUGGAAGAAUAAAUAUUUGUAUAAACAAAUUGA